AUGUGUAGCUUUACCUAGUGAUUAUUUCGUUGCCAAUAAUAUUCCGACUAAAUUGUUGUAUAAAUAUAUUAGUCUAAAUUAAUUUUCUAAAUGAAUAUUAUAUUACUAUUUACUAAAAUUCAGUUUACAACUUAGAUUUAAUUUAUAAUAUAUCAUGUUAUUUUUCUUGUAUUUAAAUAUGUCUCACGUGCAUGAAAGUUGCUGAGUUAAUAUUUUAUAUCUGUACUAUAAAUUUAUCAAUAUGUGUACUUUAGUAAAAAAUUCACGAGUGCAGGAAAGUGACAAGAGCCAGACAAUAUUUGAAAUGACAAUCAAGAUCUUAAAAUAUUUUUUAAAAUGUUUGUUUAUCCAAUUUCAUGUAAUAUUUGAUUUUUUAGUAGAUUUCAUUUUUGGGUUAUAUUAUGAUUCUAAAAUACAGAAAGUACCACCUGUCAAGAAUAAUUUAUUGUUAAUGAGUGCAUCAGAAUUAGCUGGAAAAAUCAGAUCAAAAAAGCUAUCAUCUGUAGAGGUUGUGACAGCAUUUAUAGAACGGGCGAAAGAAGUAAAUGAAAUAAUAAACGCAGUUGUUGAAGAUAGAUACUCUGAUGCCUUAGAAGAAGCUAAAGAAGUAGAUAAAUUUCUGCAAACAUUAGAAAAUAGUGACUUAAUAAAAGAGAAAAAACCAUUUUUGGGUGUUCCUUUUACAACAAAAGAAAGCAAUGAGGCAAAAGGUCAGAAUGUAAUGAAUUUGGUAACGCUGUCAUCAGUCUUAUCAUCGCAAUAAGUCUGGUUUUUAUUUUAUUAUUGGGUAUAAAUACAUUACAUAUGAAUACAGUAUUAUUAUAUACGAAUAAGUGUACAAUUGUGAAUCAGAUAAGUAAUAUUCAUCUUGAGUGAAUUGUAGAAACCUUGUGAAUCGAAUGUUGCGUAUCAAAUAAUUUCGGAGGCUUGAAUCUUGAUUGUUUGCGAAUUAAUACGAAUUAAUAAUAUUAAAGAGUGUAUACAAUAUUAACCCUUUGAAUUCGUAUGUUAUGCUGGAGGUAAUAA